CGGGUGUGGUUGGAUUGGGAGGAAAUCGGAUUACCCGCUAUUUAUCUACUACAUAUCUUACGACCGGUCUCGCGCUCAUCUGGACCGUCCUGCGACUGCGCCCUAGAAACUUGUCGCAUACGAUCAGAUUCGCCUCACUUAUUCUGAUUUCCGCUCGCAUUCAGAAUCCCCGACAGACGAUAUAAAGGAAAGUCAUGAGCGACAAAACCCGCAGUGCGGAGGCGUCGGCGGCUCGCCGCGCGACAAGAGGGGCCAAACCGUCGAACAACCCGGCCAAUGCCUUGAAUCUCGCCUCCCCGCCCGGCUCGAAGACGCCCCCCAGCAUGCCUGCCAAAAAGACCCUGUUCUUCCCCGGUUCAGCCGGGGGACGCCAGAAGAGUCGAAAUAGUUCCGAGCCCAUCGACCCGGAUGCGCUUGCCAAGGCAUUGAAGGACUACGAAGACGCUGGACGUCCGCGCGAAAGGACCCCUGGGACAAGCCCGAGUCGGAAAAGACAGAGGGUCUAUGGUGAUAGGUUUAUACCAAAUCGUGAUGGACAGGACCUCCAGGCCACGUAUAGUCUCCUUCAUGAGGAUGGGUGUCCGUCAACACCGUCGAAAUCCAAGAGACGGGCGCCACACUCGGAGCUCCAGUUCCAAAAGACGGAGGAAGCGAACAGGACAUACUCGCGAGUCUUAAGGAGCGAGCUGUUCGGAAACAGCGUGCCACAGGCCGAUUUAGAUUCAUUGUCCCCAGAUCCCGUGCUGGGUCUAACCGGCGGCAUCAACGAGAAGACUCGUUCACAUACCCCACCCUCCCACGUUGUCUCCAACCUGCCCCCGGCCAACAUCACCCCUUCAACACCCCACAAGAACCUCUUCAACUACGCAUCCCCGCGGGGAUCGGGGCAGCCAACCCCCUCCAAAACACCUCGAAGCCAGCACGGCCCUAAUCUGAACGUCCGAUCGGAGCUUUACAGUUUGUCUCCCAUUCGAUAUGACAGCCAGCGCAUCCUGGAGACCCCUCGCAAACAACCCCGCUACGUCAACAAAGUCCCGUACAAGGUUCUCGACGCGCCAGACCUCCAGGAUGAUUUCUACCUGAAUCUGGUCGACUGGGGCAGCAGUAACGUGCUUGGCGUUGGCUUGGGGAACUCGGUAUACAUGUGGAAUUCGCAGACCGGCAGGGUCACAAAGCUGUGUGAGCUGAAAGAUGACACAGUCACCAGUGUGAACUGGAUUCAACGGGGUACCCAUCUUGCCAUCGGCACAGGCAAAGGACUGGUCCAGAUCUGGGAUGCCGAAUAUUGUCGUCGCCUUCGGACCAUGAUCGGGCAUACCAACCGCGUGGGCGCUCUGGCCUGGAACGACCACAUCCUCACUUCCGGGUCUCGCGAUCGCCUGAUCUUCCACCGGGAUGUCCGCUCCCCCGAUCAGUAUCUGCGCCGAUUAUCCGGCCACAAACAGGAGGUGUGUGGGCUGAGAUGGAACACGGAGGAUGGCCAGUUGGCCUCCGGGGGGAACGACAACAAGCUUCUGGUGUGGGACAAGCUGAACGAAACCCCACUCUAUCGCUUCUCCGAUCAUACCGCCGCCGUCAAGGCUAUCGCCUGGUCACCCCAUCAGCACCACCUUCUCGCCUCCGGUGGCGGUACAGCUGAUCGAACGAUCAAGUUCUGGAACACGUCCACAGGCUCCCUGAUCAAAGAAGUGGACACCGGCAGCCAAGUGUGUAACUUGGCGUGGUCCAAGAACUCCGACGAGAUUAUCAGCACCCAUGGAUACAGUCAGAACCAGAUCGUCAUCUGGAAGUAUCCGCGCAUGGAGCAAAUCGUGUCCUUAACCGGUCAUACAUUCCGUGUGCUGUAUCUGGCCAUGAGCCCCGACGGCCAAACCGUCGUCACGGGUGCUGGCGAUGAAACCCUACGUUUCUGGAAGAUCUUCAACAAACGGCCCGGUCGAGAACACGGGCGCGAAGGCAGCAAACUAGCGGAAUGGGGCACCAUCCGAUGAUGCUCUUAUAAUGGUUCGCAUGGCUUCGAGAGUCGCAACCUCGGAGUCUUUCUUUUUCUUUUUCUUUCUUUUCCUACUCAGAAAUCCCCACAAGCAUUAGAAUAUGGCGUUCCUGGAUUUCGGCGUUACUGCGACCCACGGUAUAUCCUUGGACGGUCUGGGGGAGGGUCUAAAGGUCUAGGUUGGCAUCUCUGCAUUUUGUGGGUUUACA